CAAAACACAAACCACAUGAUACAAUCUAAGCCAGAAAAGAUAUAAGGAAAAGACAAGACAAACGAGGAAGUCGACCAUGGCAAACACACUCAUCACAUCACUAUUGCUUCUUCUAAUCUUGCUCGUGAUCACAACACCUUCAUCGGCAUGGAGCUUAUGGCCGUACAAGCAUGUUCACGUAAGCAACGAGUUGACAACGUACAACGGUGUCUUGCACGUUCACUGUUGGUCCAAGAACGAUGACAGAGGAGUUCAAGAUGUGGGUGUUGGGACGGAGUUUACGUGGAGGUUCAAGCCCAACAUAUUUGGGACGACCAAGUGGACGUGCGAGGUGUCGACGGAUGAUCAUCGUCGGGCUAGCUUUGAUUCAUACUGGGAGGAUCUAGGCCAAGGGAGGAGAGAGUACAAGGAGAACAUCUUUUGGGUUGCCGAAGAAGAUGGAGUUUAUCUUAGGAUUAUUCAAGAGAAUAGAGAUCAGUACUGGGCAAAGUGGCAAUCACAAUAGGUUUUAGAACUACUUUUUUUUUAUACCGUUAUUUGGAUUUGAAUAAGGUUGGAGCAAUAUA